AUGGCGGGCAUGCAUCCUCUCUCCGCGGCGGCAGGCAUCGUCGGCAGCAAUGGAAACGUGUCCGCGCCAGGUGGUGGUGCUGGUGGUGGCAAUAAUGGCAAUAAUGGAGCAUCCGGGGCAGCUAGUGGCGCCCACCCGCCCACCGUCUCCAGUCCCUCCGGAGGACUGAACGGCAGCAGAGGCGGAGAGGGCAGCAGUGCCAACAACGCCAACAAUGGCGCCAAUGAGGGUGAGGCUGCAAGAGACGAUGACCGCCCCGAGUCGAGUCGCAGCAACAAGUCAGAUUCACCCACCUCGUUGGUCAUUCCCAGGCCAG